AUGAAGAUGAAAAACGUGGAAGGAGAUGAUGGUGCUAAAUACAUUACAAACGAUAAGUGUAAAAUAAGUGUUGAAUUUUCUCCCGCUGAUAUUAAGGGAUAUCUUCGAAAUUGUUUUUAUCCAACAGGAAAGUCAAUAAACAAUGACAACAGCAGACGACAGGAUAUGUCCUCUUCCUCGGCAGUAUACCCUUCCCUCACCCAUCCAUCCAUCCUUUCCUAUAAUCUGCCCACCCCGUCUGAACUGCAAUCUUUGGGACCGCUAGACAACCCGCCCUCUGUUAUGGCUAUAACUGAUUUCACUUCGCCGAUGGGACAUUACUCGACAGUUUACUUAUUUUUUCUUGAUUAA